UGUGAGCUUACUGAAAGUAUUUUCUCCUUCUAUUUCGUACAGGUCUUAUGAGUCUGGUUCUUCCAAAAGCGCACCAUGCAUACCGCUGUUUCAUACACAGCCGCAGUCUGCUUUGACGCAGCUUUAUUUUACCUUCUGGGCUGUGGAGCUGCUCCGUUGCUCCCUUUGUUUGGCAGUAACGAUGUCGCAGUACUGCUGGCGUUUCUGUGGUCUGCGGCUGCGAUCAGAUGGGGGCUGAUCUGCAGCCUGUGGCUCCCCGCCGUAGAUCAGACCUCCAGACCGGUGAUGAGGCGCUGGGCGGCGGUUCACUGUUUCCUCGGCUCGGUGUAUGAGAGCGGCCGGUUAACGGCGUUCGGUGGUCCGCUGGAAACGGGGAUCGGCCCCCUCGGCAGUCCGGGAUUCACAUUUUUAACCUCCAUAGCAGCCGCUGCUGCCUGUAUGUGUUGGGAGGUCGCGUUCCCUGACACUAACGGGGAAGACAAUGGAAAAGAUAAAAAGCAGAAAGCACGUGUGUUAUUCAUGAGAGUGAUCAGCUUCUGUAAACCUGACUACCUGCUUCUUCUGGUUGCCUUCGUCUUCCUCUCCCUGGCUGUUCUGUGUGAAAUGUUUAUUCCCUAUUACACUGGGAAGGUAAUUGACAUCCUUGGAGCUCAGUAUCACUGGCACGACUUCCUGACAGCGAUAUUCUUCAUGGGACUUUUCUCAAUCGGCAGCUCGCUCUCCUCAGGCUGCCGUGGGGGCCUCUUCAUGUGCGCCAUCAAUAGCUUCACCAGCAGAAUGAAAGUCAAACUCUUCGGUUCCCUGGUGCGCCAGGAGAUUGGCUUCUUCGAAACAACUAAAACUGGGGACAUCACAUCCAGGCUGUCCAUGGACACCAAUCUGAUGGCACGCACGGUGGCCCUGAACGUCAACGUCCUGCUGAGGACCCUGAUCAAGACGCUGGGCAUGCUGUCUCUGAUGUCCAGCCUGUCCUGGAAGCUGACCGUGCUCAUGCUUAUGGAAACACCGAUCACUGGCCUUCUGCAGAACAUCUACGACACAUACUACCAGAGGUUGUCUAAGGAGGUGCAGGACUCCAUAGCCAGAGCGAACGAUGCGGCGGGCGAGGCGGUGGCGGGCAUUAGGACCGUGAGGAGCUUCAGUGCAGAGCAGAGAGAGGCCUCGCGCUAUAGCGACAAGCUGACAGACACUCACAGCCUGAAGACGCGCAGGGACACUGUCAGAGCCGUAUACCUGCUGCUACGAAGGCUGACAGGGCUGGGCAUGCAGGUUGCCAUACUGUAUUAUGGUAGAAGGUUCAUCCAGUCUGGCCAGAUGAGCACAGGAAACCUGGUGUCCUUCAUCCUCUACCAGACAGACCUGGGACGCAACAUCAGGACGCUGAUUUACAUCUUUGGUGACAUGCUGAAUUCGGUGAGUGCAGCCGGCAAGGUGUUUGAGUACCUGGACAGGAAGCCCCAGGUGAGCACAGACGGGACCCUGCAGCCGGACCCCCUGAGAGGACACGUCCAGCUCCGCAACCUCACCUUCUCCUACCCUACCCGCCCUGACGAACCUGCCCUACAGGGUCUCUCCCUGGAGCUGAAGCCAGGACAGGUGACUGCGCUGGUGGGGCCGUCCGGUGGGGGGAAGACCACCUGUGUGAGUCUGCUGGAGGGAUUCUACCAACCGCAGGGGGGGGAGAUUCUGCUGGAUGGGAAGCCGCUGCACAGCUACCAGCACAAAUACCUGCACAGCAAGGUAGCGAUGGUCGGUCAGGACCCAGUGCUCUUCUCGGGCUCCGUCAGAGACAACAUCGCCUAUGGCCUGAAAGACUGCCCCCUGGAGGUGGUGCAGGAGGCUGCACGGAGAGCCAACGCUCACGGCUUCAUCAGUCAGCUGGAGCACGGCUAUGACACAGAUGUAGGGGAGCGGGGGGGGCAGCUCUCCGGGGGCCAGAAGCAGCGCAUCGCCAUCGCCAGAGCUCUGAUCAGAGAGCCACAGGUGCUGAUCCUGGACGAGGUCACCAGCUGCUUGGAUGUGGAGAGUGAACACGCGAUCCAGCAGGCCUUGGCUGACCGUCCUACACAGACCCUGCUGAUUAUUGCUCAUCGGCUUAAGACGGUGGAGAGGGCAGAUCAGAUCUUUUUGAUUGAUAAGGGGGAAGUACUGGAGAGGGGGACUCACCAGGAGCUGAUGGACAAGAAGGGGAGUUACUACAGGCUCAGAGAGAAGAUCUUUACUGAGAAUGGCGAAGAGCACUCUCGGUCCAUCCAAAAGCGCACCAUGCAUACCGCUGUUUCAUACACAGCCGCAGUCUGCUUUGACGCAGUUUUAUUUUACCUUCUGGGCUGUGGAGCUGCUCCGUUGCUCCCUUUGUUUGGCAGCAACGAUGUCGCAGGACUGCUGGCGUUUCUGUGGUCGGCGGCUGCGAUCAGAUGGGGGCUGAUCUGCAGCCUGUGGCUCCCCGCCGUGGAUCAGACCUCCAGACCGGUGAUGAGGCGCUGGGUGACGGUUCACUGUUUCCUCGGCUCUGUGUAUGAGAGCGGCCGGCUAGCGGUGUUCGGGGGUCCGCUGGAGACGGGGAUCGGCCCCCUCGGCAGUCCGGGAUUCACAUUUUUAACCUCCAUAGCAGCCGCUGCUGCCUGUAUGUUUUGGGAGGUCGCAUUCCCUGACACUAACGGGGAAGACAAUGGAAAAGGUAAAAAGCAGAAAGCACGUGUGUUAUUCAUGAGAGUGAUCAGCUUCUGUCAGCCUGACUACCUGAUUCUUCUGGGGGCUUACAUCUUCCUCUUCCUGGCUGUUCUGUUUGAGCUUUUUGCUCUUUUACAAACUGGGAAGCUGAUUGACUCGCUGGGUGUCGAACAUCAGCGGCACAAGUUCCCGUCUGUCCUCCUCUCGAUGGGACUCUUCUCAUUUGGCAGCUCGGCCUUCACAGCGGCCCGCGAGGGCUUCUUUAGCUGCGCCAUCAGCAGCUUCUCCCGCAGAAUCAAACUGAAGCUCUUCCAUUCCUUGGUGCGACAGGAAAUCGGCUUUUUCGACUUGACUAAAACCGGGGACAUCUCCAGCAGGCUGUCCACGGACACCAACCUUACAGGACGAGCAGUUUCUUUGAGCAUCAACCUCUUGCUGAGAAGCCUGAUUGAAUUUCUGGGCAUAGCAUUCGUCAUGUUGAGCCUGUCCUGGAAGCUGACCUUAUUGGUGUUGAUGGAGAUGCCCCUCAAUAGCCUGCUACAGAGCGUCUACAAUAUCUACUUCCAGAGAUUUUCGAAGAGAGUGCAUGACUCCUUGGCCCGAGCAAACGACGCGGUCGGUGAGGCGGCAGCGGACAUUAGGACAGUGAGGAGCUUUAGGGCGGAGCAUGUGGAGGCCCGGUGCUAUGGCGACAGGCUGAUGGUCGUCCACAAGCUCAGGAUUCGCAGAGAAGCUGUCAGGGCCGUCCACAUGCUCAUGAGGAAGGUGACGGAUCAGGGCCUGUGGCUCGUCAUGCUCUACUCCGGCAUAAAGCUGAUCGAGUCUGGGCACAUGAGCACAGGGACCCUGGUCUUCUUCAUGUUCUACCAGAGGGACCUAGGAAACAGAAUCAAGACCCUGAUUUACAUCUUUGGUGACGUGCUGAACUCUGUUAGUGUAGCGGAGAAGGUGUUUGAGUACCUGGACAGGAAGCCCCAGGUGAGCACAGACGGGACCCUGCAGCCGGACACCCUGAGAGGACACGUCCAGCUCUGCAACCUCACCUUCUCCUACCCCUCCCGGCCUGAGCUGCCUGUACUACAGGGUCUCUCCCUGGAGCUGAAGCCAGGACAGGUGACUGCGCUGGUGGGGCCGUCCGGUGGGGGGAAGACCACCUGUGUGAGUCUGCUGGAGGGAUUCUACCAACCGCAGGGGGGGGAGAUUCUGCUGGAUGGGAAGCCGCUGCACAGCUACCAGCACAAAUACCUGCACAGCAAGGUAGCGAUGGUCGGUCAGGACCCAGUGCUCUUCUCGGGCUCCGUCAGAGACAACAUCGCCUACGGCCUGAAAGACUGCCCCCUGGAGGUGGUGCAGGAGGCUGCGUGGAGAGCCAACGCUCACGGCUUCAUCAGUCAGCUGCAGCACGGCUAUGACACAGAUGUAGGGGAGCGGGGGGGGCAGCUCUCCGGGGGCCAGAAGCAGCGCAUCGCCAUCGCCAGAGCUCUGAUCAGAGAGCCACAGGUGCUGAUCCUGGACGAGGUCACCAGCUGCCUGGACGCGGAGAGCGAACACGCGGUCCUGCAGGCUCUGGCCAAUCACCCCACCCAGUCCAUACUGAUUAUUGCUCAUAGGCUGAAGACAGUGCAGAGGGCAGAUCAGAUCUUUCUGAUUGAUCAUGGGGUUGUUGUAGAGAGGGGCACUCAUCUGGAGCUGAUGGGCAAGAAAGGAAAGUACUACAGACUUCAGGAGAAGGUCUUCAUGGAGGAAAGUCCUGGCUAAUGCAAGCAUACGUUAGUCACAAAUGUUGCAAAGAUGUAUAUUUUAUUAAUGUAUCGGCUUAUAUUUUUGGAUAAAUUGUAAACCCCAAUCUCAUUCGAUAGCUGUGUCUGUUUACUUUAUAAUGACAGCUGAAAUGCUCCCAUACUGAAAGCGGAAGAUAAAUCGUGUCAGACAUUUUUCCAUGUGAAAUGUGACCUUGUAACCAAAAAAAACUGAAAAGAAAAAUAGAGAAUCAUUAGGACAAAAAUCUGUAAUUUCAGUAGAGGUGUGUAUGCAUUUUAUAUCCUAUAUAAAGGACGGAUGGAAGCUGAAAAUUGCCAGAAAGCAUUUUUGAUUAUUUCUGUGGGAAACACGCCUUUGCUUUAUUGGGUUGUGAUUGUUGUGAUCACACAAACAUGCAAAAAUGUAAAUUGUACCAUGUCAGUUACCAAAAUAGCCCUAUUACAUAAUAUCCUCUUAUAUUUAUUUUGACUGAGAUACGACCCAACAUGUUCUAAGAACAAAAAGGUGAACGGUUUGCUUAAUUUUGUCCAGGAUGAAGAGUCUGAUGAAGGGAUAUGUUUGGUACUUACCAUACCGUCCCUCCUGGGGAAAACUCCACACGUUUGUUUGCUCGUGCUGCAGAUUACAGCAUGACUCGAUCCCCCCCUGCAGGAGAUCCUCACCCGCAGUGAGACGGCACCCAUUUUGUCACCAAACCUUUAUUCCCGCAGCGUUCACAAGAUGCCGGACGGCGAGCCACGAGUUUAUGGAAUAUUAGAAAUUUUAAAUAUUAGACUUUUUCUUUGGUAACCAAAUCUGUAAUAAACUUAUUUUAAAGCACUCAAAA